AUGGAGCCCGUUGCCCAGCUUCAAACCAUCAACCUCCAGGCGCUGAAACGCGGCUGCGCGGACGAAGUCUCCAAGCUCCUGGGGGCGGCAGAACAGGAUGGCACCUUCUACCUUGAUCUCACCGACGAGGUCCCACUCGAUAGGGUGACUGACGAAAUCAAUCGGCUGAGCCGCAGCCUGUUCGGCAUGAGUGAGAAAGAGAAAAUGAGAUUCGACGUGGACAACCUGGGCCUGUAUAAGCUCAAUGGAUACAAGCCCGUCGGCCGCAACGUCGGAGGCCUCCCAGGGCAGCGGGACGGUUUCGAGAGCUACGCGGUAAGUACACACCCCACACAGCAUCGCCCCAAUGAACUAAAGACAGAACUGGUCGUAGCCCAAUUCCGGCCCGAACUGGCCGAAUUCCAAUCCAUCUGCCUAGACCUCGCCCAGGUCCUCUUCGAAUCGCUCUCCGUCGCCUGCGGCUUGCCCAAGGAGAGCUCCUUCCAGGCGUGCCACUCGACCCCGGCCCUAAACCUGGUCCGCCUGCUGCGGUACCCGGGGGCCUUGGCCCUAGACAACCCGCACUUCAGCAUCCCCCAGCCAGCGCACGCCGACAUGGGAUCGCUGACCUUCCUGUGUACGGACGCGCCGGGCCUUCAGAUCCAGCCGGCCGGCUCGUCGGAGUGGCUGCAUGUGCUGCCCAAGAGGGGCCAGCCCGUCGUAAAUCUGGGAGACGCGAUGAAGACGCUCAGCAACGGCCGGUUCGAGAGCGUGCUGCACCGCGUGGUCUCGGUGCCUGGGGGUGGGGCUUUGGGGGCACAGGACCGCUACAGCUUUGCAUAUCUGCUGCGGCCGGAACCAUCGACGCCCAUGGCGCCGCUUCCUGGCUUGGGUUUUGUGGGUAAAGAGGAGAAGCCGGUGCGGACAUGCGAGGAAUGGGUCUGCAUGAAGUUUCGGGCGCUGCGAGCUUGA